GGAUUUUAAUUUAAUUAAAGAUUAAUUAACGUUAGCCGGUUUUUGGAGGAAUAACAUUUUCAGACGGUUCAAUCUCAUAUUCCCUGUUGUUUACCCCGUUGAAACUUGCGGAGGUUGCACUGAACUGUUGACUCUUUAUUUGAUUAGUUUAUUAUUUGUUCUUUAUAUUGUAUUUCUUUUAUUAUUUUAAUGACGUCUGCCAGAUUUAGAGCAGAUAAACGGAUUGACACCUUGUCUGUAAUGAACAUGCUCUCUUUUAAGAGUAAGAUGAGAGUUAAAUCUUAGCAUUGCUUAGGAGUCUCAUGCAAGUAUGGAUCAACCUCAUGUUGGAUCCGGGUUGGCCUAUGAGGACGAAUGGAGAAAGGUUUGCCAACUGGAUUCGAAAAUGGAAAAGCUUAAGAAGGCCGCAAAGCGCGGAGGUCUGCGAUGUAGUCAGUUCCGAAGUGUGAUAUGGAAGCUUUUUUUAGGAGUUUUAACCCCAGGUUCUAGUCCUUCAUGGCCAAUGGAAUCAGCCGAUUCAAGGGAGCGUUACAUCAAAUUGAAAACUGCCUUAGACGUAAACCCCUAUGUGCAUUCUGAGCCUGACGACAAUCCAUUAUCGCAAAAUGACAAGAGUACCUGGCAUCAAUAUUUCUGUGAUAAAGAGCUAAAGAGUAUAAUUAAGCAAGAUGUCAUUCGUACGCUGUUCUCCGGUGUUGAUUUCUUCAAAAAUGAAUUUAUUCAAGAAACGAUGAUUAACGUCUUGUUCUGUUAUGCAAGAGAAAAUCCGACUAUGUGUUAUAGACAGGGUAUGCAUGAAAUUUUAGCACCGAUAAUCUACGUCGUACACUGUGACCAUAUGACAUUGCUUAACAAUCAGCGAUACUCACUAGUCCGCUCAGAUAUAUUAGAAAUAGUGAAUCCUCGUUAUUUAGAAGCUGAUUCUUAUGCAAUUUUUUGGAGGGUGAUGGAUGCCAUCAAGGGCUCAUACCUAAUAUCAAACUUGGCCCCGACCUCAACAGGGUAUUUCCCAACAGUCGACAAAGGCCUGGUCAAAUCAGACAAUAAUCAAGUAUUAUCCCAGUUGACCUGGAUCAAAAAUAAUUUACUCGCUCCGAUAGACUGGGAACUGAACAGGCACCUCGACAAUUUAGAAAUCAUGUUUCCGCUAUUUGGAAUAAAGUGGCUUAGACUUCUCUUUGGAAGAGAAUUCCCUCUCAAUGAUCUUCUUAUCUUAUGGGAUUCCAUAUUCGCAGAAAAUGAAAAUUUCGGUUUAGUCAAUUAUAUUGUUGUCUCCAUGCUUGUAUCGAUAAGGCAAACUUUGCUCUCUGAAGAUUACUCAGCUUGUUUAAAAACGUUAAUGACGUAUCCUCCGACUGGGGAUAUUUUAUGUAUAAUUCAAUAUGCACUUCAUUUGAAAAAUCCUAGUCAAUACAGUAUUCCUGAUAAAAUAAACUUCCAAUUUAACCCACCUGUGGUUGAUUUUACAUGUGCUAACAACCAUGUUAAUUACAGACGCCCGCCAAUAAUUUGUACUGCUAUACCAAAGCCACAACCGCCAAAAUUGCCACAAAAUUCUCGUAACACCAUUGAAGACGGCUAUGCUUUAUACGAUCCAGAAUUGCUUUUAAAAGAAUUAAAAGAAGUACAGAAUACAAUGACGUUGUGCAGGGCGAAGUUGCUCCAGUAUCAUAAAAUCCUUGAACAGUGUGCCUCUUCUCCUGAUCCACAAAUCCGACAGGCUUUAACCGGCAUCCUUGGGCUAUCGGUUAUGUUGGGAAAGCACAUACCCAAGGUGCAUUGGCUGCAGCCCGUCGACCAGGCUUAUGAGGUGCACGAAAUGUUGGUUCUUUCCCCGGUUGACACGCCGUCCUCGAAGGCGAGAAAAAAGAAACCUCCUCUGGUCGAUAUGACUGUUUUCAGCUGCACAGUGACACCUUUUAUUGAAAGUGAUAACGAAGAUUGUAACCGGAUGUGGAAGUCUCUUUAGUCCAAGUCAUUCCAAUAUAUUUUCUACAGCGAUCUCAAUAUUUAUUUUUUUGUAUCUUGGUGCUAGUCAAAAUAAGUUUAGAUUUUUUCCAUAUUAGUCAAUUUAUAUCAUUGUUAAGCAAAUUAAUAUACAAUAAAACUAUGAAUAAUAAUAAUAUAUUAAAACUAUGAUCAUGAAUUACCAUCGAUAUUAUUUAAUCUCGGCAUUUUAUUUAAAUAUUAUUUAAUAUUUUAUUUGUAUGUAUAUUUCAAAUUAUUUAAUCAUGAAACUGUAUUAAAUGCCCAGUAAGUAACGUGUGAUAUACAAAUGUGCAUUGGCAAUAUUUUUUAUAUCCUUUGUUUAUGUACUUGCAUGAAAGAAAUAUAUUUAUAACUAAAUCAAA